AUAUCGAAUGGGGCACUGUAUAAAGUAUGGUUCUACAAAUACUAACAUACCUGUAAGUAUAUGUAUCGAGAAUAAUAAAAUUGAACCACGAAACGAAUCAGCUGUUCGUGCAGCAUGUAUAAGUAGUUUACGGAGCUGUUGGGCAGCAAAUAGUUUUGUUUUUUAGUUGGAAUUGAUUACUAAUUCUUGAACGCUUCGCAUCAUGAGUGUUCAAAUUCCCGAAUUCCCCAUCAACAGCUGUAUGGCAGUAUGCCGAUUGUGUUUGAGUGAAGAAUCUCUUGAGGAUAUUCUUGAGCAGGAGGAUCUCCAUAUAUUAAUUGCGGAUUUCCUCACGAUUGUUAUAUCCGAAGAUGAUACAACUAGUCGAUUCAUAUGCGCUACGUGUCGGACACGGCUGACCGAGUUUCGAGACUUCAAGUGGCGUUGCCUAGAAGUGCAGGAGUUACUACAGGGACAACUGUAUGCGGUUGUUGAAGACGAAGUGCCCUUGGUGGAAGUAAAAGAUAUACAAGACUCGAUUGAGGAGGAAAGCUUCGAAAUCGUGGAUGUUGUGGAAUCACUGGACAUCGAAAACAAUUCGGUUACUAUUGAGCCUGACCAUCAGGAACGCAAAUCUUCACAACCAACAAACAAGCAAAAGCGACACCAACUCCAAAGGAUCGAAUACACCAAAACAGGGCGAAAACGAUACGUCUAUGACCUGAAGGAAGUCUACCGCAAUCAGUUGGUGAAAUGUUCAACUUGUGCGAAAAUGAUUCCCAAAGUUCGAUUGGAAGGCCAUCAGAACAUGCACCAGGGCAUUCGGCCGUUCCGAUGCGAACGUGGUUGCAGUGACCGGAACUUUCACUGUCAGCAACUUCGGUUGCAUCACUACCGGAAUACACACGACGGCGAACGGCACGAGUGUGACGUGUGCUGCAAGACGUACCGAUCGCUCCGCAGCCUGAACUACCACAAGAAGGACGUGCACGCGGAGAAGCCUUUCCUAUGUUCAAAGUGCCCGCAAGCGUUCUCCUCAAACUCUCGACUAAGGCAACAUCUGAAGUAUCAUAACAGAGAGAAGAAUCACCCUUGUUUGCAGUGCAAAUACUCGUUCUACUCUAAAGCUGACUUGAAGAAGCAUUCGAAAAGACAUGAGCAGAACAGUGACGGAGCGAAUACGUAGGAGAGAACUCAAGUUGUUUAGCAUAAGGAUUAAACGAAAAGAAAUAUAAAUAGUGAAAAUAAACUCUUUUUCUUUGAUGAUGAUUAACCUGGGCUUGUUAGGGGAAUAUCUGAAAAUAAAAAUAAAAUCGCGUUAAGUACUGUUCCUUUGAAUUCCACUAAGAAUUUGCAUCCUUUGACAGAUACGUAUUUCGACCUCAACUGUAAGGUCGUCUUCAGUGUCUUGUACUUGACUCGACU